AUGGCCAUUCCCGGCAUCCCCUAUGAGCGACGGCUUCUCAUCAUGGCGGACCCUAGAGAUAAGGCGCUUCAGGAUUACCGCAAGAAGCUGCUGGAGCACAAGGAGAUCGACGGCCGUCUUAAGGAGUUAAGGGAACAAUUAAAAGAACUUACCAAGCAGUAUGAAAAGUCUGAAAAUGAUCUGAAGGCCCUUCAAAGUGUUGGGCAGAUUGUGGGUGAAGUGCUUAAGCAAUUAACUGAAGAAAAAUUCAUUGUUAAAGCUACAAAUGGACCAAGAUAUGUUGUGGGUUGUCGUCGACAGCUUGACAAAAGUAAGCUGAAGCCAGGAACAAGAGUUGCUUUGGAUAUGACUACACUAACUAUCAUGAGAUAUUUGCCAAGAGAGGUGGAUCCACUUGUUUACAACAUGUCUCAUGAGGACCCUGGGAAUGUUUCUUAUUCUGAGAUUGGAGGUCUGUCAGAACAGAUUCGGGAAUUAAGAGAGGUAAUAGAGUUACCUCUUACAAAUCCAGAAUUAUUCCAGCGWGUAGGAAUAAUACCUCCAAAAGGCUGUUUGUUAUAUGGACCACCAGGCACAGGAAAAACACUCUUGGCACGAGCUGUUGCUAGCCAACUGGACUGCAAUUUCUUAAAGGUUGUAUCUAGUUCUAUUGUAGACAAGUACAUUGGUGAAAGUGCUCGUUUGAUUAGAGAAAUGUUUAAUUAUGCCAGGGACCAUCAGCCAUGCAUCAUUUUUAUGGAUGAAAUAGAUGCUAUUGGUGGUCGUCGGUUUUCUGAAGGUACUUCAGCUGAUAGAGAGAUUCAGAGAACCUUAAUGGAGGUAAUAUUUGGUACAGAAGGUUCAUAAAGAAAUGAAUAAUUAUU